GUGUCAUGUGGUGUUUGUUCCACUAUCUAUAAACGUCAAGAUAGGUUCACCAGCCUAUGGAAAGCAGCGCGUUAUGACAGGCAAGAGUGGAGAAUGCAUCCUGGCAAUUGUCGAAUGAAUGGAGGUGGUGGACUCGAUGGUAUCGGCGGUGGAGACGAAUCCGUAUUUGGGACGAUCACUCUAGAGGAUCUGGAAUCUUUUUCGGAAGACCAGCUGUCAGAUUCGGGCAAUGGAAGUCUGGAAGAGGAGAGUGAGACGAUGGAGGACGAAGGGCAGCAAGACCGAUUGCUGCGCUACUGGCAGGACGCUGCUCGAGGACACCAAGUCGAAGUGCCUCGAGACAUGGCCGAGCCCAUCCAGCAGAUCACUAGCAACAACAAUGGACAACACGACCGGGAGCGCGUGCCCUUCACCCUCAUCACUCAUAAGGAGAAGUGUGGGGACGUGCUUUAUGAGAAACGCCACUAUGAGAAGGCCCACUGGGCGUGCAUCACGGUUCACGAGGACACCUACGAGCAGAGCAUCUGUUACGGUUUCAUGAAGCUCAUGAGAUACAUCUGCCAGCAGAACUCCUCAGGUACCUAUCUGGGUAUGACCAUCCCUAUCCUGACGGUGAUCCGCACAGACGAGAACCACUCUGUCUUGUCCAGUGACGUCACUGUGGCCUACUACCUGCCCACAGAAUACCAAGCCCAGCCACCCCAGCCUUCUGACACUGAAAUAAGCAUUGAGGAAUGGCCUGCCACUACUGUAUACACAAGGGCCUUCGCUGGUGCUACGAACGAGGUGACCAUCAUCAACGAGAUCCGCUCCAUGGCGGAAGUGCUUGACUCCCCCGCCAUAUGCGUGAAUGACUCAUUCAUUGUCGCCGGCUACACUAACCCCGCGGCGGUAAACCGACAGAACGAGAUUUGGUUCCUGGAGCAGCCUUGAGGGCCAGCCUGACCUUAACCUCUCCUCCUGAACUUGACCCACCCAACACCCCGUCCUUAUCUGACCCUACCGAUUCACCCCUAAUGGAAACCCAUUCCCAUUUUAGAAAGAGAAGAGACUUUGGGACUUUGCUGAAAAAGGUCCUUAUUACCAGUUCUGAGCAAGGCUGCAUCAUUUGGGUCCAUUAAUCCUCUAGAGUCUAAACCUGGAAGGGGGUGGGGUUCUACUAAGCUGACAUAUGGAAUUGUUUUAAGAUGGUCAUACAAAGGAUCACUUACAUAUUUGAUUUUAGGACCCAAAAAUAUAAAAUUAUUUGAGGAAACAUUGAAUUUGGCCUUACUGCUAUUAGCCCAUAAACACAUUGAAUUACAGAUUCAUACAGGGAAAAACAUCUACUGGAAGUUUGUUUUGAAGUGUCUUAUAUCUGAGAGAUGAGAUCUGGAAACUAGAGGUCAACCGAUUAUGAUUUUUCAACGCCGAUACCGAUUUUUGGAGGACAAAAAAAAAAAGAUUAAUCGGCCGAUUUUUAAAAUGUAUUUGUAAUAAUGACAAUUACAACAAUACUGAAUGAACACUUAUUUUAACUUAAUAUAAUACAUCAAUAAAAUCAAUUUAGCCUCAAAUAAAUAAUGAAA